UCAUUCAAGCCCACGAUGGCGUCAUGUUUGUGAGGGCAGCACACUUAUACGAACUCAUCACAUCUCAUAUCAAACUUAUGAAAUAGAAAUUUUAUGAUGCCCUCUACCUAUCCAACCAUUCCAAAUACACUUUUCAUCCCUCCAGACCAAAAUCCAGCCAUGAGCGAUCAAAUAGACGAGGAAGACCUCACCCGGUCAAGUUUGUGUUGUCAGCCAUUGGCUUCACUGACAAGGCCGGUGGAUGUUCACCAGAUUACAGACCGCGACCCCCUCGCCAGAGCCUUCUUCCAUCCCCCUCUAUUUGGCCCCCUAAUCUUCAACAACGAAUCCUCCGACUGCCGCGACCACUGCGCCAACGAGCGCACCUUUCUCUCUUACCUCCGGUUAUCGAUCUACAUGGCCAUUGUCUCCGUCGCGAUAGUCCUAUCCUUUCAUCUGCGGAAAACAGCGACAGAGACCGAGUUGAGGAUGGCGUAUCCCUUGGGGGCGGUUUUCUGGGCGUUGAGUGUGAGCUGUCUUGGGGUGGGCUUGGCGAAUUAUAUCAAAACGGUGAAUAAGUACAGCAGGAGGGCGGCGAUUGUGCAGACGGGGUGGAAGACGCAGACUGUGAUGGCUUGCAUAGCGCUGUGUAUCGUCGGCGCGUGCGUGUCGUUGUUGGUGAUAAAUAAGUUGAAUGAGGGGGCUGACGAGUGAGUGAUGCUGGAAGAUGAGAAAGCAAUUUACGAGGACGGUUGCCACUCUAUGCAUUAAUGAAUAUCAUGAUCCGUACAUCUCAAAAAUUUAAGGUAGAAUGUGACUAACCAAGCUCAGAUGCUCAGACGAUAACAGAAAGAUACCCGGACUAUGAGAUACAAGUACCCAGGCCACAUU